GAGAUCGUUAUGUGCUGAAAAUGGGAGAAGCUUAUAAAGUAUGGUCGUCAGUGCUGGCUUUGCAGGGCUAGUCACGGCCAGGGAGCUUCAAAGAGAAGGCCAUCGAGUCACCGUCUUUGAGAAGGCCAACAAUGUUGGUGGCACAUGGCUCUAUGACUCAAGGGUGGAGACUGCUCUAUUAGGCCUUGACCUGAAUCGGGAAAUAGUUUAUAGUAGCAUUUACAGAUCCCUUACAGUUGACCUUCCUAGGCAGAUCAUGGGAUUCUCGGACUAUCCAUUUGUGGCGAAAGAAGGUGGGGAUCCGAGACAUUUUCCGAGUCAUGAAGAAGUGCUCAGGUUUCUCCAGGAUUUUGCUCGGGACUUUGGGUUGAUUCGAUUUGAGCAUGAAGUUGUUCGGGUGGAGCGAGUUGAUGAGGAGUCACUAAUGGAUUGUUGAGUCUAGGACUCGAGAUAGAGAGUCAAGAUGGGAAUUUAAAGAGGAAGUGUUUGAGGCUGUGAUUAUUUG